GUGCCAAGACCGAAUCCGUCAAAUAUUGCAUCGCAGUAAGAACUUGGUGGCUUAAGAUGGCGGCUGCAUAUGUAUUUGGUUUUAUCCUCGUCUUCGGACUGGUUGGGGCCCUCCACCCAGUCUUGAGAGAUGCUACGCCAGCGUUUGUGGAGGACAUGCGCGGCAGCAGCAGGAUCGUCGCCGGCUGGCCUGCAGCAGAUGGGCAGAUCCCCCACCAGAUCAGCCUCCGCAUGGUGAGCGCGGCCGGCGCCGUCUCAUCUUGCGGCGGCUCCGUCAUCCACCACAACUGGGUCAUCACCGCUGCUCACUGCGUGGCCAA